CUAUGCUACUCUACAUACAUUGCAUAUUCCGUCUUUUCGUUGUUUUAAUAAACAAGUUUAUAGGAGUCGUUGCAAUAAGGGAUGAUAGUCGAACUUCAUCAUUCCGAAUGUUGUUGCUUCUUAUAUACCGAUGUUGUUGCUUCUUAUAUACCGAUAAUCUUUCAAAAAAUCUCUUUACUAAUGCUUUGAGCACUAACCCUCAGAGGGGUUUGCGUGGGGUACGGGUCGCAACGAGUGUCAUCACUGACAUGCUAGGAAAAAGUGAGGAAAGGGCAGAAGUGGGCGCUGGGGGGUAA